AUGCGAGGAUAUAAUUUGGUGAUAACGCAAAUAAUCAUCCUGCUGGCUGUUACUGAUAGGUUACUGAGCGGGAAUACACUACUUAAACGAGUAUCCGGUACCGUACGAGCUGGAUCCGUUGCAAAAAGUGGCUGUCGACAGUCGAUUACUGUCUUGAAAACGGACUAUUUGCACGAAUCAGUUUCACAAAUUUUGGAAAAAGCAAUUAGCACGCAAUGCCCAAAAGAAUGUGCUCUGCUAUGUUUCCAGGCUAAAUGCAAAAUUGCACAUUUCGACAGCAGCAAAAAAAUAUGCCAUUUCAAGCAAAAUACUGUCCCUCAGCUGACAGUUUGCAACCGAAUUUGGCUGAUUGAGCAGCUUGGAAAUAAUGCGUCUGAACCAAUGGUCGGUUUCCAUAGCUUUUGUGUCUUCUGUGCCUAUAAAAAGAGUCGUUUUUCCACAAUUUCAAAGUGA